AUGCAAGGCCAGGAGCAGCAGCCUCCUCCACCGGUGCCCACAAGUCUUCCAACCUGGAAGUUCCUCGUCGGCUCACUUGCUCGAGAGCUGGAGAGAGAGAGAGAGAGAUGCUCUGCCGCCCCAUCCAUAGACAAUCAAUCGUCGUCAACUCAAACAAGCAAAGCCCCGAUACACCGGCUCGACGGGCGAUCAGCCGCAGCUGCCUAUUGCAGCAGCCAUCGCCUGCGUUGCGCUGCGUACUCCCCCAGGGACCCUUUGUCGCCCUCCACAGGUCCCCCCCCAGCGUCGCACCCCGGCUGGCCAGAGCCCUCGCUUGCACGCUCGCGGGACGGACCCGUGACGGACGCUCCUGGAUCGGCGCGGCGCUCAAACGGCCGGCCUGGCCAAAGAGAUAAGGGGAGGGCCUCUCUCCCCCCAGCCAUAGUAGUCAUCCCCGGGGGACGAUCACCUCUUCUGCCUCCGUCAAGGUCGCCAAGGGGCACGUUGAAGCUGCCAAGAACGCCCCCGGCACCGACGGCGGAGGUUGUGAGUGGAUCAGAUGCGUGCAACGGCCACCCGUGCGAAAUAACUGGGGGCCUGCCAGGGCGCCAUGCGCUUCCAGGUCGGCCAAUGCGCCCGCGACCAGACCCGCAUUCUUUAGCACGCCUUGACAAAGGCCUGCAAGAUUAA